AUGGCCGGCAAGGGCGACGGGCCGGCGAUCGGCAUCGACCUCGGCACGACCUACUCCUGCGUCGGCGUGUGGCAGCACGACCGUGUCGAGAUCAUCGCCAACGACCAGGGUAACCGCACCACGCCCUCGUAUGUCGCCUUCACCGACUCCGAGCGCCUCAUCGGAGAUGCGGCCAAGAACCAGGUCGCCAUGAACCCCAUCAACACCGUCUUUGAUGCCAAGCGUCUCAUCGGCAGGAGGUUCUCUGAUGCUUCUGUCCAGGGCGAUAUGAAGCUCUGGCCCUUCAAGGUCAUUUCUGGGCCUGGUGAGAAGCCAAUGAUUGUUGUCCAGCACAAGGGUGAGGAGAAGCAGUUUGCAGCUGAGGAGAUCUCCUCUAUGGUUCUCAUCAAGAUGCGUGAGAUUGCUGAAGCUUACCUUGGCAGCACGAUCAAGAAUGCUGUUGUCACAGUCCCUGCCUACUUCAACGACUCGCAGAGGCAGGCCACAAAGGAUGCUGGGGUGAUUGCUGGCCUCAAUGUGCUGCGUAUCAUCAAUGAGCCAACCGCUGCUGCAAUCGCCUAUGGUCUUGACAAGAAGGCUACCAGCGUUGGCGAGAAGAACGUCCUCAUCUUUGACCUUGGAGGUGGUACCUUCGAUGUAUCCCUCCUCACCAUUGAGGAAGGCAUCUUUGAGGUCAAGGCCACAGCUGGUGACACCCAUCUUGGUGGUGAGGACUUUGACAACAGGAUGGUCAACCACUUCGUCCAGGAGUUCAAGAGGAAGAACAAGAAGGAUAUCACUGGCAACCCGAGGGCUCUUAGGAGGCUGAGGACUGCUUGUGAGAGGGCGAAGAGGACUCUGUCUUCCACUGCUCAGACCACCAUUGAGAUCGACUCCCUGUAUGAGGGCAUCGACUUCUACUCCACCAUCACCCGUGCCAGGUUUGAGGAGCUCAACAUGGACCUGUUCAGGAAGUGCAUGGAGCCUGUGGAGAAGUGCCUGAGGGAUGCCAAGAUGGACAAGAGCAGCGUGCACGAUGUUGUCCUUGUUGGUGGUUCCACCCGUAUCCCCAGGGUGCAGCAGCUGCUCCAGGACUUCUUCAAUGGCAAGGAGCUGUGCAAGAACAUCAACCCUGAUGAGGCCGUUGCCUACGGUGCUGCUGUCCAGGCCGCUAUCCUGAGCGGUGAGGGCAACGAGAAGGUGCAGGACCUGCUUCUGCUGGAUGUCACCCCUCUCUCCCUUGGUCUGGAGACUGCCGGAGGUGUGAUGACUGUGCUGAUCCCGAGGAACACCACCAUCCCCACCAAGAAGGAGCAGGUGUUCUCCACCUACUCAGACAACCAGCCUGGUGUCCUGAUCCAGGUGUACGAGGGUGAGAGGACCAGGACCCGCGACAACAACCUGCUGGGCAAGUUCGAGCUGUCCGGCAUCCCCCCUGCCCCCCGUGGUGUCCCCCAGAUCACGGUGUGCUUCGACAUCGACGCCAACGGCAUCCUGAACGUGUCCGCUGAGGACAAGACGACGGGGCAGAAGAACAAGAUCACCAUCACCAACGACAAGGGCCGUCUGUCCAAGGAGGAGAUCGAGAAGAUGGUGCAGGACGCGGAGAAGUACAAGUCGGAGGACGAGGAGCACAAGAAGAAGGUGGAGUCCAAGAACUCUCUGGAGAACUACGCGUACAACAUGCGCAACACGAUCAAGGACGAGAAGAUCGCUUCCAAGCUGGAGGGCGACGACAAGAAGAAGAUCGAGGAUGCGAUCGACGCGGCCAUCGUCUGGCUGGACGCCAACCAGCUGGCCGAGGCGGACGAGUUCGAGGACAAGAUGAAGGAGCUGGAGUCGCUGUGCAACCCCAUCAUCGCCAAGAUGUACCAGGGCGCGGGGGCCGACAUGGGCGGCGCCGGUGGCAUGGACGAGGACGCCCCCGCCGGCAGUGGCGGCCCUGGCCCCAAGAUCGAGGAGGUCGACUAA